GUCGAGGUGACAGACAUGAAGAAGAACCUGGACCAGUAUGGACAAAGUCACCUGGAGAGUCUGGUCUGUGCAGCCCUGUCCAGCCUGGUUUUCCUUCUACUGGGACUGCUGGGCUCGGUCCAUGGCUGUCCUGGUGUCUGCACCUGCUACGGUAACACCACUGACUGCUCGGCUGUCGGCCUUCUCUCUCUGACACCCAUCUUAGCGCUGCUGGACCCCGACUCUCUGAUCCUUCGCUUACCCCAGAACAACCUCUCUUCUCUGGGCACAACUGAGCUGUCGAACCUCAGCAGCCUGGAGCUGCUGGAUCUUUCCCAGAACCACUUUUCCACCCUGCAGCCUGGAGCUUUCUCGGGCCUGAGCGGCCUGCGCUGGCUCAAUAUCUCCGCCAACUACCUCGGGGCGCGCCCGGCGACCUCUGACCCCAACAACAGCUCAGAGGUCCUGCAGGGCUCAAAUGGAAGUCAAGGGAGCGUUGGCCUGAGCAAGGAGGUUUUUAAGGGGCUGUGGCGUCUACGAGGGCUCGACUUGUCCUCCAAUGGCCUCAUGUGGCUGCCCAAAGGCCUACUGGAUGCACUUCCAAGACUCGCCUGGCUGUCCUUGGCCGGGAACCGGUUGGUGACCCUCGACAGAAUCACCUUCGAGCCCCUGGUGGGGCUACAGCAGCUCCAGCUGGCAGGAAAUCCCUGGGAGUGUGACUGCAAGCUGAGAGACUUCAAGCACUGGAUGGAGUGGUUGAUUUACAGGGAUGGGCAGGUAGAUGUGAUGCAGUGCAGUCUCCCGGGGGAUUUGAAGGGCAGAGACAUCCGCAGCGUGCCAGCAGAGAUGUUCAACUACUGCCUGCAGAGUCCGGCCAAAGAGGGCGCCUCGAGUUAUGUCACCCGGCAUCCGUGCCCGCCCGGUCGGAUCAGCAGCAACGAUGAAUGUGUUCGCCAGCGGUACCGGCCCGUCAGUGUCCGCCGAGCUCACGGCACGCAAAUAGUUGCAGGUGUGAUUUGUGGCACAGUGUGCAUCAUGAUGGUGGUCGCGGCAACUUACGGCUGCGUCUAUGCCUCGCUGAUGGCGCGGUACCAGAGGGAGCAGAAGAGCCGCGGCCAGCCUCUGAUGGCCGAGUCCGGAGCCGAGACGGACAUGGAGGACGGGCAAAUGAACUCCCCAGAGGAAACGCUACCCAAAGAGUCUUGCGGCAUCGUGCAAGGGUAUCGAAUCAGCAGCUUCUGA